AUGCCUAUAGUAGAGAUUUCCUGGUGCUGUUGCUUCCUUAGUGUUCCUUGUGGAUCAUCAAACAGGAAGAGAAAGGAGAAAGAGUCACCCACUCCUUCCCAUGAUAAAAGAACAGGUUCUCCCUCCUCCUCUACAGGCAGGCAUGAGAAUAAGAGAAAGGGGAAGAAGAGCUGGUUUCGUUUUCCUCACUCACGUACCAAAAAAGAUGGCAAGAAAAGGACAAAGGAAGAAAACCCAGUUGCUUCUUCUCCUGCACAUGCGGACAAGAAGGACCAGAAGAGGCGAAAGGAUGACGAUAAGAAGGGAAAGGGGAAGGGGAAGGAAGAAAAAUCAACUCUUUCACCUUCCUCGCAGACAAAGAAGGAGGACAACGAGAAGAGGAAGAAAAAGGAAGAAGAGCCAGAGAAGGUGGAGAAGAUGAAGGAAAAGGAAGAAAAACCCACAAAGGAGGAUAAAAAGAAGGGGAGGGAAGAAAAACCCACAGAGGAGGGAAAACUUGGGAGAAAGGAAGAAGGCCCUAAAAAGGAGGACAAGAAGAAAGGAAAGGAAGAAACUACAAACAACAACGAUCAAACUAUAAAGUACGAUGUUUUUAUCAGUUUCAGAGGAACCGACGUGCGACAGACCUUCGUGAGCCACCUCUUUGCUCACAUGAACAACGAGAGGCACCUCCUCACUUUCAAAGACGACGUGAGUCUCAGGCGAGGAGACGAGGUCUCGCCAUCGCUCACAGAAGCAAUCGAGAGAUCCUCGUCGUAUGUCGUCAUCUUCUCCCCAAACUAUGCAACCUCGGACUGGUGCUUGAACGAGCUUGUCAAGAUUAUGGAGUGUGCGAGAAGGUAUGGACGGAAAAUGAUACCGGUGUUUUAUGGUGGAGUGACGCCUUCCCAUGUUAGGCACCAAAAGCAGCGCUACGCUGAUGCAUUUGUUCAACACAAAAAGAAGCAUCCCGACGACAAGGAGAUGGAGGCCAAAAUCAAAAGUUGGAGAAGUGCGUUGAUGGAGGCGGCCAAUAUUUCAGGGUUUGAGUCCACGGUCGUCAAGCCUGAACGUCGUUUGGUCGAAGAAGUGGCUAAAAGCAUCCUAGGGGUAAUCAGACCAGAAUCAUCUCCUGUCACACAAGGGUUAGUCGGUAUAGAGCCAGAGAUUGAAGCCGUUGAGAAAUUAUUGGAGACCGAUGAUACCAAAAACAACCGUGUAAUAGGGUUUUGGGGGAUGCCCGGCAUUGGCAAAACCACCCUCGCCAAAGCUAUCUUCGAGCAGAUUGAUCCAGACAAAUUCAAAGGACGUCAUUACAUCCAGAAUUUUGCAGGCCAGCUGAAGAGGACCACCACGGUGAUCGACUUGCAAAAUGAGCUCUUCGACAAGUUGUUAGGCGACGAGAAUUCACAUGACAUACCAUUCAAUCUGAAGCGCAAUCGCCUCCGUCGUCUCAGGGCUUUCGUCAUCAUCGAUGAUGUGACAAGCCUACAAACCUUACAAGAGUUGCUCCAUGGGGAACUUUGUGAUCUAUUCGGACCCGGAAGUAGAAUGAUCCUGACGAGCACGAAUCAACAGGUGCUCAAGGCUGUUUGUCAAGAAGUACACCAAGUCCCAGGGCUCGGUAAGGGAAAAGCCCUAAAGCUUUUCAGCUUAUCCGCGUUCAAGAAGGACCGACCUCCAAAUGAGUACAAGGAGAUGUGUGACAAGGUUGUAGCUUACUGCGGUGGGAACCCGUUGGCUCUUAAAGUUUUGGGCUUGAUGUUUUAUGAUAGGACGAUGGGGUUUUGGGAUGGUACAUUGGAGAAGCUGCGAAGACUUCCCAAGAAGGAGAUUCAGGAUUUACUCAUGAUUAGCUAUGACGAGUUGGAUCGAGACGAGCAGAGUGCGUUCCUCGAUGUUGCUUGCUUCUUCAACUACGAGGACUAUGAAUUCGUGACGAGGGUGUUGGAUGAAGACCUGGUCACCAAUUUGGUCGACAAGUCUCUUGCUGGGAUUAACUAUUCCAAAGGCGCGAUCGAAAUGCAUGCAUUGCUUGAGGACAUGGGGAAGGAGAUUGUUAAGAUAGAAAAGAUGCUAGGAAAACGGUCUCGGUUGUGGGAGGCCAAAGAUGUGCUAAAGUUACUCUCGGAAAAUAUGGGAUCAGAAUCAACGGAAGGAAUCUUGUUGAAUCUGACCGAAAAAGAGGAGAGAAUCAAAACCGAAUCUGAUGCUUUUGAAAAGAUGUGGAACUUGAGAUUGCUUGGCAUCGAAUUAGCAUCAGAAAGCAUAUCGGUUUUUCCUGAAGAAGGGCUCAUCAAAUCUCUUCCAGAGGAGCUGAGGUAUCUCCGUUGGGACUUGUUCGCUGCCACAUCUUUGCCAUCCGGAUACUCUCCCCAAAAUCUUCGCGUUCUAAGGCUGAAACACAACAGCAUUCGUCACUUAUGGGAAGGAGCUAAUGUGGAUCUUGGGAAUCUGAAAGAGCUCAAUCUCACGGCAUCCAAGUACUUGACCGAGGUACCCGAUCUCUCGACAGCCGAAAAACUCGAGCUCAUCGAUCUCACCAGCUGUGGCAAACUAAUCCAGCUUCACAAAUCAAUCAUAACCCUCCCUAGCCUCAAAACCCUGAUUCUAGAUUCAUGCAAAGCUCUCGACCUUACUAGCCUGGAUGAAGAGAACACACAGAACGAGGAUGUAGCUUUCCCAAGCUUGGAACAAGUAAACUUGGACGCCACGCCAAUUGAAGAAGUCCCUCGUUUGCUCCUAGGAGCACAAAAGCUCACCAGAAUCGACUGCUCGUCUUGCCCUAACUUGUCAAAGUUCCCAUCCAUCGACACUCUAUAUCGUAGCAUGUCGAUCAAACAUUUGAUCUUACGAAACAACAAGCUCCUUGUCCAUCUCUCUGAGGCCAUCUACAAGCUCAAAUCUCUCCAGACGCUCGACAUGUCAGGGUGCGAGAAUCUCGAGAGUUUCCCCUACAUAAUAGUGACACUUGACGAGUUGAUACGACUUGAUCUGAGCUACUGUUCCAAGAUAUCUGAGAUUCCUGGCACAAUCUCACACCUCCGUAACUUGGAGAGGCUUUAUCUGUCGGGCACUGGAAUCGAGGAUGUUCCUGUGUCCGUCUUGUCACUGAAACACCUGACCGUGUUGAAGUUGGAUCAGUGUAAGAAGCUUAGGACGAUCCCGGAUAGCUUUGCCAAGCUGUCUCGAUUGGAAACGCUGAACCUAGAUGGUUGCGACAUGUUGAUCAAUAAGGAGCCGGAGCUUCCCCGAUCCAUGAAAAGAACAAAGAAUGACAAGCAAGUAAGUAAAUAG